GGCUCGGCGCUGGCGCCGGCCCAGCCGAAGAGGUCGACCAGCGUCCGCGCCUUCUUGGCAGCGGAGGGCGCGCCGCCGUCCGUGGCCUUCGGCUUCGGCUUGGCAUUCGCCCGCUUGCCCAUCCUCCGCGCUCAGCUGCGGCGCUCGGCCAGCGUCGCCGCGCGGUCCAUCGCGCAUCGCGCGCUCCGCACGGCGGCUGGUGGCACUAUGCGGCAAGGGCCCUCGGGAAAUGGCACAGGCGACGCGCAUGCAGCUCGCAGGCAAGAUGCGGCCACGCAACACCUUCCUCUGCUCUUGCGC